AUGGUAAUUCCAGUCGUUGGCGCUUCCCCACAAGAUGCACCUGCACCAGCUGCGGUCAAGGAGUUUCACUCGUACUUCUGGUGGGGCAUCUUCCUGAUAUUGGUAUCGAUGGCGAUGCUUCAGGUUGUUGCCGGAGAUGGGUUUGGCAUGUUCUUCACAUUGAUAUUGGCGGCCAUCGUCUACUACAUGGUAUCAGACCACUGCGCCAACAUGUCCAUGUACUGCCUUCUUGUCUUCGGGCUUAUAUCUGGAUUCGAGUCGCUUUUCGGCGUAUUGACGCUUUUCAGCGUAGUGGGUGGACGAAGCUCGAGCACCACCCUGAUUACUAGUAAGGAUGCCACCAGUGUCACUUAUGAGACACAGGUCAAGGUACAUCCUCUCUUCGACUCUACGCAAGGGAGCAAAUAUAACAUUCAGUCGGGUUUGCUGGUGGCACUUCCCGUCGUGAUGCUGCUUAGUGCGCUGCUGUCGUGGUGGUCCUUCCGCGCAUACCCAAAUUCACUCUUCUCCGAUUUUGAUGAGGAGGCCGAGCCCAUCUAUGCGCAAGGAGGGCCUCCUGCAAGCCAAGCGCUCAAAAUGGCAGACGAAGAACUCCACACAGAGUUUCUCCAGUCGCCUGCAAAGGCCAUGUGCGAGUCUCACAUGGAGCGCGUCGAUGCGCACGUGGAUGCGAAUGCUUUAGGCAAGCCAAAGAUUCAGCUGCUAGCAGCAAGUGACAUCGACAUUGACGGCUUGGCAAAGAUCAGCCUGCAAAGUUCGUCGAGUCACUCCACCGGCCAGGCUGCUUCUGCGGGAGUGGUUCGCAAUGUUCAGAGCUGGCCGCUGGCAAAGCUGACGCAGCACUACGAAAUUCAGGAGCCCAGCAUUCAGGAUCUGCCCGGUGUUCGUCUCGCUGCAGACCAAAGUGGAGCAGUGUACCGGCUCAGUUCGCUACGCAAGCCAUGUGGCAGACUCCGCCAGGAGAAGCUCAGGGCGCACGUUGCGCAGCUGCAGGCUCAGCAGUUCGUGGGAACUGCCAGGAUCCUCGCCGUUUAUGAGGACUCCAGAUCGAUGGCGCUGGUCACGGAGCUCUGCAGUGGCGGCACAGUGCAAGAUCGCAUUUUGCAGCGGAAUGUCUUCUCAGAGCAAGAGUGCGCAAUGCUCAUCAAGCACAUGUUGGAGCCACUUCAUGAAAUUCACCAAGCCGGCCUAUCCCAUGGCCACUUGUCGCCCGAGUCAUUCAGGUUUCAGAGUGAUCAGACACAAGCGCCGCUGAAGCUGGUGGAUUUCGGCCUUGAGCUAAAGGUGUGCCUGGACGAGUGGGCGCCGGAUUCUGGUCAUAGCGAGCUGCUGACGCCGAGUGAGGCCCGCGUGCGCCAUUGGCCACGCAGCGCCUGCCCACAGCUUUACGAGACAUGCCGCUUGGUCUUCUGCGCGCCGGAAGUUCUCAAGCACUUCAAGGUCGGAUCGGAGUUUGCUGCGCCAUCGAACCAUCUGCCAGCGGUCGCAAGCUUGAAGCCAGGUGUGGCCUCUGAGAGCUCAGACAUGCUGGACCUGCGCCUUCUUUCCGAGGCCAUUGACGCCCACAUGGCGCAGCAGGAUUGUGGCUGGGACUUCCUGGCCGCUUGUGAUGUGUGGAGUGUGGGGGCCAUUGCCUUCCUCCUUCUGUGCGGGUAUCCGCCAUUCUUUGCUCCAUGCAGACAUGCCAUCAUCUCGAGAGUUGAGAAGAUUGACUUGUCAUUUGAUCCGCCCUUCUGGUCCAAAAUCUCGGAGGAAGCAAAGGACUUCGUCCAGAGGUGUUUGCAUGGCACGGCAGCAAAGCGACUGACGGUACAGCAGGCACUGCAGCACCCGUGGAUCCGGCAGCUGGCCGACACGUCUCCGUAUGGCUCCAUGUUGCCCUCUUUCGCGUUGAACCUACGACGCUUCUGCAGGACUUGGCUCAUCGAGGCUUUCGUGGCAAACAGCCUAGCAUCCAAGCUGAGUUACAUGGACACGCUAGAACUCCAGCGCGAGUGCCAAAAGGCUGACAAGGACAAUUCAGGCUUCCUCACAUCAGCAGACCUGCGGCAGGUCCUGCAGCAGGGUGGGCACGCUGACAUUGUCGAGGCGAUUGGAUUGUGCUUUGCCCGCUUCCUGCGGCAUCCUGGAGAGUCGUAUUUGGACUACCACGCGUUGCUGGACUCCGUCCGCCUCAGGCGUGAGUUCCUGAUAGAAGAGGAGAUCUGGACAGCUCUUUUGCAAGAAGAAGGAACAGCCGAGCCUGCAGCCGGCAGCAUGGAGUCAUUCCUUCAGGCUCCCUCUCUGCAAAAAAUCCUUCAGCGAGAAGGAGUGCAGGAUGGGUGUGCCAUGAGUGCUUUUGAUGAGAGUGGCCUGGAUACUUCUAAGGCCGACAUCAACGACUUUAUGGCUAAAGUGCUUUCUCAACUCAGGUCGUUUGCGCAUGCGGUCAUGCAGAGGUCGCUCAGCAAAGAAUAA